UGCUGGUCGUUGCCCUCCAUCCCUCCGCAGCCAGUGUGUCAGACCACAGAAACGGACAGAGAGUAGCGGACUGGAGGAGGGCUGAGCCAAGAUGGGGAGAGACAUCUGGCACGACAGAGCCAGAGCAACGACAGGAAGUCUGGUGUAGAAUUUGAACCAGAGGAGAGCCCAGGUAGCAACAGUAGCAGUAGUAGCAGCGACAGCAGUAGUGGGGCGGUAGAUGCCCUUCCCCCAGCCCCAGUUCCUCCCCAGGCCCCUGCAGGAGAGAAGAGGGAGGACAGCUCCUGCUCUGACUCAGACAGCUCUGUAGAGUCCAGCGAGGAGGAACCUGCCAUGUUCUCUAACUUUUUAAGCGGGGUGAACCCCCUCAGCUCCGUCUCUUCUGCUGUCAGAGGAGGUCUGUUUGGGGACAAUGCGGAGGGGGACAAACAGAAAGCAGGCCCUCAGCAGCCUAGGUCAGGCCCUGGCCCUCGGAAGGCCCCGCAGCAGGGACCUGGGAAACAGGACCAGGCACCUCCUAAACAGGGAGGACCCCAACUCCAGGGGAAUGGCCAGGCUGGUCAAGCAGCCAAACCUAGCGGGCAGCAAGCGUCCACUAAGAGUGGACCACAACAGCAAGCCCCUGCUAAGGGUCGACCACAACAGCAAGCUCCUGAUAAGGGUGGACCUCAACAUCAAGGACUUCAUAAGGGUGGGCCUCAACAGGAAGGACCUGCUAAAGGUGGACUACAACAAGCCCCCCAACAGCAAGGACCUCCUAAAGGUGGACCACAACAAGAUUCCCCUAAGGUAGGGGCUCAACAGCAAGCCCCUGCUAAGGGUGGACUACAACAACAAUGGUCACCUAAGGUUGGGGCUCAACAACAAGCCCCUGCUAAAAGUGGACCCCAACAGCAAGGUCCUCCUAAAGGUGGACCACAACAAGAUUCCCCUAAGGUAGGGGCUCAACAGCAAGCCUCUGCUAAGUGUGGACCACAACAGCAAGGUUCGCCUAAGUUCGGAGCUCAACAGCAAGCCCCUGCUAAAAGUGGACCCCAACAGCAAGGUUCGCAUAAAAUUGGGGCUCAACAACAAGCUCCUGCUAAAGGUGGACCCCAACAGCAAGGUUCACCUAAGGUUGGAUCUCAACAGCAAGCCCCUUCUAAGGGUGGACCACAACAGCAAGGGUCCCCUAAGGUUGGAGUUCAGCCACAAGGGUCCCCUAAGACCGGCACUAAGCAGCAGGGCUCCCCCAGGACUACACCACAGCAGCAGGCUGCUGGUAAACCUGGGCCUCAGUCUAAAGCUGGACCUAUGGCUGGAGCUAAACCCCUGUGUCCAGUGUGUAACACUACUGGACUCAAUCUGAACACUAAGGAGCCACCCAACCAUAACACCUGCACACAGUGUAAGACUGUCGUCUGCUGCUUGUGUGGCUUCAGUCCUCCUGACUCGGGUGGUAAGGAGUGGCUAUGUCUGACCUGCCAGAUGCAGAGAGCACUCGGAGGCUCUGACCCCCCUGGACCCCCUAAGAUGAAGCCCCAGCCUUCACCCAACAAAGCCUCUACAUCUCUUGCACCACAGAAGAAAGACACUCCAACACCAGGCUCCCCCCAGAGAAAACCUGCUACAUCAGCAACACAGCCACCCAAAGUAGAGGUUGCUAAAGCAGCAGAUGCUCAGAAACCUUCCAGCCCAGCUCCUGGUCAGAAGACACUACAGGAGAACCGGAGAACAUCAGGGCCUCAGAAACCACCAGAGCAGCCAGGCCAACCUGGGCUUAAGCAGAGUAAUGCUACCCCAUCCACACAGCAGGAGCCCGGGAAGCCUCAGCAACAGCCUCCAAAAAGUGGAGCCUCUCCUGCCAAAGCUGUGCCACCAGAGGCCCAGCCCACCAAGGAGGAGUCAGGAGGCUUCUUUGGCUUUGGUGUUCCUAAAUCUCAGCCUGACCCCUCAAAGCCUGAAGAAUCAGUGUCUGGAAAGAUGUUUGGCUUUGGCUCCUCCAUCUUCAGCUCUGCAUCCACUUUGAUCACCUCAGUUGUUCAGGACGAACCACUCACCACACUGCCAGCUUCCCCCAAGGUGUCUGCAGCAGCCAAGGCCUCUCCCAAGAUGCCCCCUGCAAAGGAGACCAAACCACCUGCUGCUCAGAAAGCAGAGGAGAAGAAAGCAGAGCAACUCCAGCAGGCCAAGGUCCCCCCAUCAGUACAGGCCAAAGUGGACAAACCCCCACCAGAGCCUCCAAAGGGAGCAGCAUCCUCCCAACCAGCUCCCAAAGCAGGCCAGUCCACCUGUCCACUCUGCAAGGUGGAACUCAACAAGGGCUCCAAGGACCCUCCCAACUACAACACCUGCACCGAAUGCAAGAACACUGUCUGCAAUCUCUGUGGAUUCAACCCCAUGCCAAAUGUUACUGAGGUAAGACGGCUAUAUAAUUUCCACUACAGCUGAGGCUGUAUUUAUUGAUUAAUAUUAUAAACAUAUUUUCACACCUACAGUCCUUCUAUGCCCUGGCAAUGCUGGCAUUAAUCUAUGUAGACCAAUUGGUGCUGUGGUGUCACUACAAUAUUUUAUAAGAUGCUGUUUCACUGUCACAAUCCCUUCAACAUUGACUGCAUCAAUAUAGUGCAAUAUAAUGCCAGGGAAUAUUAAUUAGCUGCCACCACUUUACAACAGGCAAUUAAAUCUUACAAUUUGAUGCUGACGACUCAU